GCUGCGGAAGCACGCUAGCAGUAACGCGAUAUACUCGUGGUCCGCAACGGCCGGAACGGGAAUAAACCGUGCCGGAGCACGCGGCCUUGGUGUAACCAGGUGGAAAAUUUGUGGACGGUCAUGUCCAGAGUAUGGGAAUCUUGCGACGAGCCGUUGCAGCUCACUGCCUGGUGCGAUGAUGCGGAAGAGAAAGAAGUAGCUGCGAUGCCGCCGUCCGUCCAGCCGUCAAGCGCCGGUAAAGUCGGGCCCGACGGUUGUCGGAGCUGGUUCAUCGCCUCACUCUGCUUCCUGGUGAACCUCCUAUUCUCCUCGUUUUUCCGCUGCGGUGGACUUUUCUUCACUUCUAUGAUGAGCACGUACCAAGCGACGAGGGCACAAGCCGCCAUGCCGCUGGGUGCCUACUGCGGUUUCGUCAAUCUUUCGGGUCUGGUUGCUGGCGCUCUGAUUCAUUCAUUCGGCAUGAGAAUCAGCGUCUUACUCGGUGGACUGCUUAUGUCAGCAGGCUGUCUUGCGUCAGCGUUCGCUACUGGAAUACCAUUCCUGGUUGUAUCCAUCGGCGUAAUCACAGGCUCUGGGCACGGAAUCCUUCUCUCCUGUGUCAUCGUGGCUGUGAACGAGUACUUUGAUAGGAGACGUGGCACGGCUCUUGGCAUCAACAUGGCUGGUGCACCUGCAGCCUCCUUCAUGUUUCCGAAAGUUUUCGAUUUCUGUCUGGCCGAGUACGGCUUGCAAGGAACUUUCGCGCUCGUGGGAGCACUGUUGUUGAACAUUGGGCCAAUCAGCGUGCUUUUUCGUAAGCCGCCCUGGAUGCGGGAAAAGUACUCGAAAAGACAUAAAGUCCCCACGAACAGAGCAAGUGAAGCGGACGAGCAGCGGGAGAAGAACGCAGCUCUUUCUGCCAGCUGCUUAAAAUCAGGUUUGCAACCUCUAGUCGGCAGCAGCGACGAACUCGGAUACUGUGAACCGGAUACCGACGACAUAAUCAUUACUUCUAUAAAGCAAUCGACAAGCUUCAGACUGGCAAACUUUCCGCUUUCGAUUAGCCUUAAUGCUGAGAAGCGUUUUCUGAUGAAUAGACAUUGGACAGGGGACAUGCUUGAGACCUUGGAUUCAAGUGAUGCGGACGCCGAAAAGCGAAAAACGCUGUCUUGGAAGAAGGGCGAACAAAGCAACGCCCGCAUUACCGACGCGCGAAAAGGUCACGAAGCUUGGUGUGCCUGUGUGACCGGCGUAUGUAACGGUGAAUGCUUUCACCGAGCUUCGCAACAUCCUCUAAACUCGUCAAAGUUGCUUCAAGUACCCAGAACUGUCGCGUUGGAAAAUGGGUCGACGAGGUAUACGGAGUGCACCAGAACCAGUGAAGUGAGCACUAGCUUUGAAACAAUAUCAAUAAAAGACAGUAUGCUUGCUCCUACGGACGCUCUUGUACCAGGGGAAAGCCAGGGGCAAGAUGAGACAAAUUCUGUGGAGAACAGUUAUUGCGGUGUUGCGUUCCUAUCAACAGAGGAAGUGUCAUUUGAUUUUCGGCAUGCAGCGAAGGAACGUCGCAAGCGAUCUGUUUUGGACAGCGCUAAGGAUGUUCUGUCUAUGCCGCGGUUUUACGCGCACCUGAUGAGCUACUUCUCUUUCUGCUUCUUUUUGGAUACGUUUCUGGCUGUCGCGGUUGACUGUGCAGUGGACACUGGAAUUAGCAGAGUAGAUGCUGCUCAUGUUCUGACUUUCUUCUCCGUUACCGACACAGCGGGACGACUCCUGAUACCUCAACUAACCGAUCACAACAUUGCAUCUCCACUUAGCGUCAUGACACUUUCUUACUUCCUCAUGGCCGUUAUUGGCUCUACGAUGCCUCAUGCCCAAUCUACUGUUGUGUUUUGGAUUCUUGUUGUAACACUGGGACUUCCGGUUGGCUACGUAAUGGUCGCCAUGUCCCAAACUAUUGCAAGUGACGUCGGUGUACACAACCUUCCCAUGGCUUACGGCUUCGUAGCAGCAGCGACAGCUGUGGGAGCAUUCAUGAGGCCGCUGGUAAUAGGACACUUUCGGGACGCAAAUGGAUCAUACAGCGGGCUCUUCCACUUCAUGGGCGGAAUGGUUUUCACAUCUGUUCUUCUCACUGGCUGGCUAUGGGUUUCGAGUACAAGAAAAAAUAAACUGAAGCACAACGCUUUGCGGGUCAAAGCAAUGGCGGACUAAAUGAAUGAUAGCCGAGUGCGUGGUCGCGCUUCAGUUUUUUAUUAACUUUUCUGACUUUCAUGAGAAUGCAAGCUAGUUCAAUUAGGCUUCAGUCCAUUCCAAGAAUUAGACACACCAUGCUAGUGUGAGAGAGCAAAUGGCAGUUCCAAAUCGGAACAAAAACAGCAAUAGCCUGAACAGUGGGUUUUAAAUGUUAUAGGCUACUUAAUGUUAUGCGGUUGAGUUGCGCGUAAGCACAACAAUUUGGCAAUUAAAGAGCCUAAACAGUGAGAAAUCAUCCAUGGUAUGAGAAUCCAUGUUAUUCAAAUUAUGUUGCAGGUUGCUGGCUAUCCAGCAUCGUUUUGGCUUCCGCAAAGUGUUACCAGGUGGACCAUCGUGUUUGUGCACGGCGAGCAGUUGUGUCUGUGGCAUGAGCGUAUCUGUGCAGGAAGCAGCAAGACGACCACGGCAGUGACGACGAUCGUACGAGGACGACGGCAUAAUUUCUACUCAGGAUGUUCGACUCAAGUUUGCGACACGCAGGCUGUUGGGUUUACAUAGGUACUUCACUGCCGUAAGCGAGAGAAGCAGGGAUUGCUGCACCAUCUGCGACUAAGUGUUGUGCUAUUGUACCAGAUGACCUGACUUUUCAUGUGGUCUAUGCGAAACAUCGAUGGCGUUCGUACUCGAUCGAAGAUAUAUUGAAACCUGUUCGGCUUAUGCCGAUUAUGAAGGUAGUACAAUGUCGCACAGAUUUAGGCAGCGUUAGCUGCAACGAGGAAAGUCCUUAGGAGAGUGGGCCGAUCCCGAAAGCCGGGGGUGCAGUCUAAGAAAGCGUCUAAGAGCUAACUGUCACGAUGGAACAAUGGGAGAAACUGGCACGUGAUUCACGAACCAAGU